AUGCUCCGCUCUCCGCAGCCGCAGCCCGGGGACUCGGGGCCGGCCGACCGCCUUCCCCAGACCACGCCGGCGCCGCAGUCCAAGCCGCUCACCUCCUUCCUCAUCCAGGACAUCCUGGGGGAUGGCGCGGAGCGGGGUGGCAGCCCGGAGCCCGAGCCGGACCCACGCGGAGACCCGGAGGCGGAGCCCGAAGGAGGCCGAGGCCGUGCCGGGGGCCCAGAGGAGGAGCUGGGCUCCCAGGCCGGCGCCGCUCGGGGGGAGGCCCGGAGCCCCGGGGAGACGGAGCCAGAGAGGCACUUUGAGACUUAUCUGUUAACUUCGGGCGCCCUACCAAGCCUCCCACCAACACCCAAGCAACCGCAGAAGCGUUCCCGGGCAGCCUUCUCCCACACGCAGGUCAUCGAGUUGGAGCGGAAGUUCAGCCACCAGAAGUACCUGUCAGCCCCUGAAAGGGCUCACCUAGCCAAGCACCUGAAGCUCACCGAGACCCAAGUGAAAAUAUGGUUCCAGAACAGACGCUAUAAGACCAAGCGGAAGCAACUCACCUCCGACCUAGGAGACCUGGAGAAGCACCCCUCUAUGCCAGCUCUGAAAGAGGAGGGCUUUGCCCGGGCCCCCCUGGUCUCCAUGUAUAACAGCUACCCGUAUUACCCUUACCUUUACUGCCUGGGGAGCUGGAGCCCGGCUUUCUGGUAAUGCUCGCUCAGCUGGCGAUCAGAUGUGAUCACAAACUGCCUUCCCCAGAGUCUCUCUGGGAAGCAAAAGGGGCCAGGACCAGGAAGGACUUGGGGGGAGCAAGAGGGGUGCAGAUCAAAAUCUCAGGUUUGCAUGGGGAUCUGAGAUCUUUCACUGGCAGGCCAAAGACAGGCAUGGAGCAGUAAAUAUUUUAAUGUCUAAGCAACUCCCCAACACACAGUGUAGAAUAUCUUUGCUUUGUCUUUUCUUUAUCUGCCUGUUUGAACAUGGGGAGUGAUGUGCUCAGGUGCUGUUUUCAGGGCUGUGUAUGAAUUUGUACGAACUACCUUCCUCAUUUCUACAGAGUGCAUCCCUCCACCUUCCUCUGAUAGCUGUACAUCGAGAGAGCAAACCGGAGGGGAGAAAGGCCAGCAGUGAUGAGAAUGUUUCCUACCUUGACCUUGGAACAUGACCAAAGUCUUUUUCAGUCUCUAUAAGAAAACCUCGCAGAGAGACAGACAUUCCUCAUGCUCAGAGCAGACAGGCCUGGGUUAUGAGGGAUGAGUGAUAGGGGCGGAAAAGAUGGGCCGCUUCUUAUGUCUUGUUAACACAGGACACUCACUCACUGAAGUCUUUUCAGGGUGGUGCAGGUUGAACAAGACCCACUCGCUGUAGUUUUAAGACAAGCUGAACAAACACAGCUCUGCAGGGUGGGCCCCUGCUAGGAGAACCCCAGCACGUCCAAGGCAGGGGCUUCAGGAGGGGCCUUGCUCUGCUACCACAGGCAUCGCGUUGGUUACUGGCUAGGGUAGAAAGGCCUGUCCUGGAACAUUCUGUUCUGGGCCUGAGAAUUCAGACUCGGAAGGUUCCUGGAGUUUUCAGGAGUGAACUUAGUCCGCAUUGUAAGGGACCACCUCGCUCCUAACUGCAAAGCCCUUCCUUCCCAGCUGCCUUCCGGUUUCCUUCCUUUGCUGCACCCAUCACUUCUGCUCAGUUCCUAUUGUGAGCUUGGCUGCACCUAACAUACAUCUUCCGGAAUUAGCUUGAGAGUUCAUCUUGAAAAACAAAACAAAAACAACUUUAUCUCUGGAUGGUUUAAAAAGAAAGAGUGUGUGUGUGUGUGUGGGGGGGGGGAUACUUUUGAAUAGGUCAGAUGACAGGCGUUUCCAAAUCAACAAUUUUUAUGUCUUCAUUUAAAAACAUACGGCAUGAUAUUUAUUCUAAAUCCUAUUUAAAGACCCACCAGAUCUAGAAGGUCACUGACUCCCUGCUGCCUUGGUACGACUUGCUGGUGGCUCGGUUGCCACCGUUCAGUCUGACAGUCCUUUUUUUUGCCUGGACUUCUUGCUGGCAGGGAAGCUAAGAGGUAUGGGGCUCUCACGUGCAAGGGACGCUGUGCAGAACGCAAUGCCGCUGUCACUGCUCCCUCUAGACUCGAGAGGGAACAGAGGGCUCAUGGGCCGGGGACAGAGGAGGGAGAGAACCCAGGCUUUGGAGAGCCGUUGACUUUCCAGUCCACCGAGAAAGGCCCAGAGGACUUUGCAGGGAGAGGCUAAAAAGAAGAGACUGUUAUCAAAGAACAAACUUAUUGUGAGGUCCAUCACCAAACUAAUGCAGAAAAUGCCCAAAUGCUCUUGGAACUGUGGGAGAAGCCAACACUUCUUAAAGCCCUGGUCCCCCAAACGGGCUGCGGAACGGAUGAGAGGAGGACAAAGGAGAGAUGGGGCUGCCCUUCCAUUCAUUCCCCUCCCACUGUCUCAGGUGAGCUGGUGGACGCAGCCACCAGGAUUUUAAAAGCCAGCUACUAAUGUGGUCCUGUCUGGCCUGGCAGGCUCUCGAGCCCACUACUUAAUUCUGUUUAGCAAGAAACCUUUCAAUUUCCUCCUCCGACAAGCGCCAAGUUACUGUUGGUGGCAAUACUGCCAAAGUAAGCUGGUAGAAAGUUGGCUGGUUUGGCACCAUUUUCCAUGGUUUGGGCCCCGUGUGGAAUUAUUGUUAAGUGCCACGUACUGCCAACUGCCACCAGGGCACUAGCUAGCACAAAGGCUGAUCGCUUGGCUUGCUUUCUCCUUGGUCACAUGUCUUUAUUGCGUGUGUUAGUGCCCAUUGUCUCCUCACUACCCUUUCCCCUCCUGACACUCGGUAUUUAAUUCCUUCCGCCUGACAUGUAAGUGUGAAACAUUUUACUGCGAUGUAUGCAUUGUGCAGCCAAAAAAAAAAAAAAAGGUCUUUAUCCUUAUCCUUUUGUCCUUCCAUCUUCCCUUUUUUCCUAUUGGAAUUAGUGAUACGCCCAUGUCUGAAUGAGUAGGGAAACCUGUGAACAGCUAGUCUUCCAGCUACUGAUCGGCGAAGUGGAUGGCGCCCUUUGCUAUUGGACUGAGACAACCUGUUCCAUUGAAGGAAUCCGCUUGGGUUUCCCACCUGCAUGACACACCCUGCUCUGAGCUGUAACAUCCCCCAAGCCGUGACUUGACGUUUAGUAAAGUAGCCCUGGCUGACUUUAUUUUUCUAUGUAUUUUUGGGUAACAUACAAGUGUUUUUCAAAUAAAGGAUGGUGUCUUUACUAGAAA